AAGGAGAAGGACCCGAAACCCCGGGUGGAGCGCCCAACGUGUGGUCGCUUAUGUUUCCCUGCACCCCGCUUUGUUAGGGUCCUCCCCCCCCCGUUCUCGGCCCCUUUAUGCCUUAUGUUUAGGGGCAAGCAUCCUCCCACACCUUCUCCCGUUUGUUUUUUUAUUUUGUCUCGUUUUGGUUUUUGUCUUCAAGUUACCCAGUGACUUCUGUUUUGUUCUCAGUGGUCCUAAGUAUAAUUCAAUAUAGUUGUUUUUGUGAGGGAGGAUGAAUGGAAAGAUAACUAUCCAGAUUCCAAAGUCAUUUUUUAAGGCCCUCGACAGAAAAGCUCCAAGAGAGGGACUUCGAGAGACUGCAGUUUAGAAUCAGGCAGAACUGGAUUGCAAAAUUAAUGGGCAGAGCGGUAUGUGUGCAGAGAAAAUGCUGCUGUGAAGACACAGUUAUAGCUUUCACAUAAAUGAAGCUACAACUAUCUUGAUUUAAUGCCCCAAAAGGAAGAACUUCAGUGGACAAGAAAGGGCAUUUCUGGGGGUAGUAGAAUGCUUGAGGCCUGGAAUUUAAACUUGAGCAACUGCCUGAAGUUUUCUGUUUCCAGAAGAUAGUAGAAAAUGAAGUUAUCUUCCUUUCAUUGGAAAAUCCCAGUCCGGGCAAAAUUCUGAACAUAGUCUUCAAGAAUGGUCCACGUGGUGAUGAAAAUAAUGAAUAUUGGGCAGCGCCUGUGGCUCAGUCGCUUAAACAAUAGAAGAAAAUGGAAUUGAAUAUGAUGUCAGCAUGAAACAGUCUAAUGAUUCGCUAAGAGUCAACCAUAAUGAUAAUGAAGAGUCAAAAACAGAUGCUCCGGUAUUUGAGCAUCUAAUCUGUAUGGACUCCAAGGAUUCUUCCUUUGAACGAAAUGAUACUCCCAUAGUUUUACCCAUCACUACUCCGGAAGCAAAUCAUUCACUCACAUCACAGAAUAUACCAGGGCCCUUGACUCAGACCCAGACCCUUUCUGCAGAGCAAUUCCAUCUAGUUGACCAAAAUGGGCAACCUAUUGAAUAUGAACUUAAAGCACUGGGGGAUUCUAAUGCACAAAUGAUGAUCGUUGCCAGCCCAUCAGAAAAUGGACAGGUACUUCGUGUAAUUCCAUCUACUCAGACAGGAACGGCACAAGUGAUUUUACCUCAGGGGCAGCUUGUGGAUGUGAAAAGUCCUCAGGAUAUCUCUGAAGAGAAACCCAGUGACAGAAACUUAACAACUGGAAGAAUAAAUGCUUUAGCAGACAAUCCAAGUAGUUACAUUCUUCAUCCACAAACAUGCCUCACAUUGCCCAAAAAGUCAGUGACCAGAAUGCCUGAAGAACCUUUUCUAGCUCCUCUUCAGCCCCUUUCUUGUAACACACCUGUAUGGGCCUGUCGUCUUAGGAGCUGUGAGAAAAUUGGAGAUUCAUAUCGUGGCUACUGUAUAAGUGAGACUGAAUUAGAAAGUAUUCUGACAUUUCAUAAGCAACAAACACAGACUGUUUGGGGGACCCGCCAGUCUCCAAGCCCAGCCAAGCCUGCUACACGCUUAAUGUGGAAAUCCCAGUAUGUCCCAUAUGAUGGAAUCCCAUUUGUCAAUGCAGGGAGUAGAGCUGUGGUAAUGGAGUGUCAGUAUGGGCCAAGGAGAAAAGGUUUCCAGUUAAAAAAAAUCAAUGAGCAGGAAAGCAGGGCCUGUCAGCUCUACAAAGCCACUUGUCCAGCUCGGAUUUACAUUAAAAAGGUACAGAAGUUUCCUGAAUACAGAGUUCCUACAGACCCCAAAAUUGAUAAGAAAAUAAUCAGAAUGGAGCAAGAGAAAGCCUUUAAUAUGCUAAAGAAGAACAUGGUAGAUGCUGGUGGUGUUCUUAGAUGGUAUGUACAGUUACCUACACAGCAAGCUCAUCAGUAUCAUGAAUUAGAGACUCCCUGCCUCCCUUUGCCACCUUCCCCUUUUCCUAUCUCUUCUCUUGAAGAAGAAGAAACUUCAGUUAGAGAUGAGAAUUGUGCACUACCCUCACGUUUACAUCCUCAAGUAGCACAUAAGAUUCAAGAAUUAGUAUCACAGGGAAUAGAACAAGUAUAUGCAGUAAGGAAACAGCUAAGAAAGUUUGUUGAAAGGGAAAUGUUCAAACCUGAUGAGGUACCUGAAAGGCAUAAUUUAUCUUUUUUUCCAACUGUAAAUGAUAUAAAAAAUCACAUCCAUGAAGUACAGAAAUCCUUGAGAAAUGGAGAUAUGAUAUAUAACUCAGAGAUUAUUCCAGCAACGCUUCAGUGGACUACAGAUAAUGGGAAUAUUCUCAGAGAAACUGUGACAGUUACAUUUGCAGAAGGAAAUUCACCAGAAGAAUCUGUUACUACCAAAGUGGAAACAAAUCAGACAGGAGGUUCUUUGUCUCCUGAGUCAACCCACUUGCACUCUGCACUUUCCUCAUUUCAGCCAAGAGUAUUUACACAACUACAGGAUUUGCAGUUACAACCAAGGUUCACCUCACCUGAUGGAUCACCGGCUCUGCUAUCAGUAAAUAACCACCCUUCCUCCAGUCCUUCAAGGCUUUUGGAUUCAGUAGGAAGUGCUGUAAUGAAUAAUAAUUCUCUACUGCUUGGUCAAAGUCAAAGCCUUGAAACAGAUACAUGUCUAACCCAAAACAGUACUACUGCCUCUACCAUGGGUAACCUUCCAGGACCAGAUCAAAAUCUACUUGCAAUGGAUCAACUAGUAGAAGUUGAUGAUAUUGAGGAUACAGGAAAUAUGGAAGGAACUGUUCAUCAGAUUCUGUUGGGAGAUGUGCAGACCAUUCCAAUACAGAUUAUAGACAACCAUCCAACUCUUAUUGAAGAAAAUCCAGAAGGUAUCAUUUCUGUGAGCCAAGUUAAGCAAGAACCCAAAGAACCAGCAUUAUCUAUGGAAAGAAAAAGAAAUAUGGACUGUAAAAAAUUAUCUGCUACAUAAAUUAUUGAAGCUUUUCAGAAUUUACAACUUUGGUGACUUCUGAUGUCAUAGAAAAGAAGGUGAAUAUUGUCAAAGUGCAGCAUUGUGAUAACUGGACUAAAGACUGAUUUGAUGAGAAGCUUUGAUUUAAAACUGAUAUGUUUGUUGCAAAUUCCAUAUUUUUACCUUGAGAUAUUUUACUCUUUUUAUUUUGUAUAAUUUUUAUGCUUUUUGAUUAUCUAAUAAGGCCAGUAUUUCAAAAGUUCUUCUGAACUCAUCCAAGUAAUAUAGUCUGAAUACAAAUAGUUACCUUAUUCAUCCUUGGAAAUAUUCAAUUUUGGUUCUUUCAAGACAAAAAAGAACAACA